UUAGGGCUGUGUUCAUACCAACUUGAUCGUUAGUGACCAACUGUGCUGCUAGCAACAAUUUCAUACCGUUUUUUUAACCAACUUUUGCGGACACCUGUUGUAUUCAAAGGGUGUUGCGCGUUGGUAAAUCCAUCAGUUAUUCUGCUCUGACACUCAAACGAGUAGAUAACCUCAAUGUACCAACGCACCCGACCGGAGUCGUUUUUCUCAACGAUGCUGGAAUGCCACGUACAUCCACUUAUAUCAGAACAAUUAACAGCCUGAACAAUUAACCGUCUGAACAUUACGAAAUGUUUUAAAGAUCAAAUAAGCCUCAAGUAAUUCGACACUAUCAUAAACCUCCAUAUUAAAAAGGGUUUAUCUUUUGGGCGGAGUAAAUUCUCACUCCAUAGGGCUGGACCAUACGAUAUAAGUACACCUGACCUGCACGCUUUCCUGAAUUUAAUAGACUGCACAAGACCAAAACAAACAAUAUUUCGAUAAACGUGUAUGUUUAAGACUGUCUGCAGUCGGUUAGUUAGCGUCGAUUCGUAGCUACGAAAACUCCCUCAUCUGUCAACAUCACCACCGGGAAAUGUGACGUUACUUUCUGUCUGGAAGUGUAGGAGUUGGUGGGCUCAUAUAGGAUAAAACUGUCCGUAUCAGACCCCUGGUAUGGUACCAAUAGACCUGCUGUGAUAUGUACUCUACUAUCCACUCGUCUGCUCAUCCGUGUUGGGCUCGUUAACCAGCUUAGCGGUCUGCUGAUGAAAUGGGUCACACACAGCUGGUAAUUAGCUAGAUCGGAGGGAUCAUUUAAAAGUCCAGUUCUAUUCAAUGACUAUUUUGGGGACAUUAUUUUCAUACACUGGAUAGUGGAUACGCUUGGUGGUGGUGUUGAGUCAAUGACGACAUGCUCCACUAAUUUCCCCGCGCUGUAACAUGUUUGUAGUUAAUGUUCCUGGCAACGCGCUAGGCUGUUAACUACUUUAGGCAUCUAGCUUGCUAACUAGGUAUCGGCGACUACUCAUCUGCUCCGGACCCAAGACUGGGAGAAAUAAAGUAGUCCGUUUUUUCGAAAAUCAUGAACAAUUGCGAAUACCAACAAAUCGAACCGCUGUCACUUCCGACUCCGACCCCGCGACCCGCAGCUGUAGAAGAGGAGGAAAAGGCACGGAGAAAAUGGGAAGUUUUCCCCGGAAAGAAUCGCUUCUACUGCGAUGGACGGCUCAUCGUGGCUCAACAAAGCGGUGUCCUGCCACUCACCCUCGGCCUCAUUCUGGUCACCACCGUACUUUUCUUUGUAUUUGACUGUCCCUUCCUGGUGAAGCACCUGACUGUGUUCAUCCCAGCGAUUGGAGGAGUUCUGUUUGUGUUCGCUGUCAUCUCUCUCCUGCAGACCAGCUUCACUGACCCUGGCAUCCUGCCCCGGGCCACGCCGGACGAGGCCGCGUACAUUGAGAAGCAGAUCGAUAACUCUGGCUCUUCCACCUACCGACCCCCUCCCCGCACCCAGGAGGUGGUAAUCAACCAGCAGGUAGUGAAGCUCAAGUACUGUUUCACCUGCAAGAUGUUCCGGCCACCGCGCACCUCCCACUGCUCCCUCUGUGACAACUGUGUGGAGCGAUUCGACCACCAUUGUCCCUGGGUGGGGAAUUGUGUUGGGAAGAGGAACUAUCGUUUCUUCUACACCUUCAUCAUCUCUCUGUCCUUCCUGACAGCCUUCAUCUUCGGCUGCGUCGCCACACAUCUCGCACUGAGGGCACAAGGGGGGAGAGGCCUUAUUUUUGCUCUUCAGGAGAGUCCAGCCAGUGCUGUGGAGCUGGUGAUUUGCUUCUUUUCAGUUUGGUCCAUAUUGGGCCUCUCAGGCUUCCAUACCUACCUGGUUGCUUCUAACCUGACCACAAAUGAAGAUAUCAAAGGCUCGUGGUCGGGGAAGAGUGAGGCGGAGGACACCGGUAACCCCUACAGCUAUAACAACAUCCUGACUAACUGCUGCUCUGUACUCUGUGGGCCCAUGCCUCCCAGGAAACUGAAUUCACCCUAACAUGCUGACCAGACCGCAUGUUGAUUUUUGUCCACCAACACCAGAUACGAUCUGGACACAAAAUAUCAAAAACCUUAAACCAACUAUAUUCAUUUGGGGACAGGUUGUACAGCAUUAAACAUUUAUGUCAAUUUAGCUAGCUUGCUGUUGAUAGCUAAUUUGUCCUGGGAUAUAAACAUUGGGUUGUUAUUUUACAUGAAAUGCACAAGGUCCUCUACUCUGACAAUUAAUCCACAGAUAAAGGGGUAAACCGAGUUCGUUUCUAUUAAUCUCUCCCACAAAUAGAACCAAGUUCUAGUUUAGCGCCUGACUACGCAGAUGCUUGCGAGCAGUGUGGGUUCAAUGAUUGAAUAACGUGUGUGUACAUUUAUUUUGUUACGCUUCCGCGAGCGGUGUGGUCAGC